AUGAUACUGCAUUACAUUUACAAGUUUGUCUGUUGCAAAUCUUAGAUAAAAUUAAAAUAAGAUAAAGAAUUUAGACCUCACUCUAAGUUUAAGAAGGGAAAUGAAAGGCUUGAGUAAGAGUUAGAUAUAGUCAAUAUUUUAAAAUCAAUGAGAAAAUUAAAAUCUUUAGUUCAAUUUUUAUUGCCAGCCAGAAGAAGAAUUCUGCUUAAGUUUUCUAAAUAAAACCUGAUUCAAACUUCUUCAUCAUCUUCAGACUCUGACUAUUAUAAAAAUGAUAUAAUUAAGCAUCUUAAUGGGAAUAACUAAUUUGAAAAGUUAGCUGCAAUUGUUAGAAUUAAAAAAGCCCUUAGUCAUUUCAAGGAUAAUGCAAUGGAUGAAAAUGACAAAAUUUUACUUAAGGGUAUUUUUAUCAAGGGAGCAAAAGAUUUCCAUGAUAAACUUGUGAGCACACCUUUGCUUAAAAACUUAAGACAUAGUGAUGAUGAAGGCUCAUUUAGAUUGUCUACUGAUAGGCAUAGCAGCCAUAAUAAUACUAAUAAUAGAUUAAUAGAAAAGCAUAGAUAUAAACAAAACUAAUAGCCAUUGCAAGAUGAAAUAAAUUUCAAAUUACCAGAGAUAUUGAUAAAAGAUGAGUUCGGGAAUAAAACAGCAAAAUCAAAGGAAAUUAAACUUUUUAAUAGCAAAAAUCUAAUGACAUCUAUUUCAUCAUUAGCUUAAAAGAAAAAACUUAGGUAAAGAAAUAAUAAUCAAGUAAACAUAAGUCAAAGUGGACAAGGCACAGUCUUCGAUAAGUCUAUUGAUUAAAAUGAAUCAGAUCACAUGAAGUCAACUGUAUUUUAAAAGUAAAUACAUGGAAGAAUUUAGUUUUAUGGUCACACAUAGGAAUUAUAAGAAGACCUUGAGGUUAAUUAUUCAAAUUUAGAUAAUGAAAAUACAAUCGCUGUUGAUAGCCAUGUGAUUCCAAAAAACAAAGAGUAGCUAAAUUGA